AGUAGAUUCAAGAGGCUGUAUAUAUGUUAUGGUGCAUGUAAAGAAGGGUUUUUAAAUGGAUGUAGGCCCUUAAUUGGUGUAGAUGGAUGCCAUUUGAAGGGAAAUCAAAAGGGAGGACAAUUAUUAAGUGCAGUUGGAGUAGAUGCUAAUAACAACAUGUACCCAAUUGCAUUUGCUGUGGUUGAAGGUGAGUUAAACGAAACUUGGAAGUGGUUUCUUGAGUUAUUAGAUGGUGAUCUUCAUAUUUCUCAAAACCCCAUUGGAUGGACCUUUAUUUCUGAUAAACAAAAGGGAUUAGUACCUGCUUUUGAAGAGUUAUUUCCAUAUAUAGAACAUAGGCAUUGUGUGAGGCAUCUCCAUGCUAAUUUCAGCAAGGAUGGAUAUGGUGGUCAAGUCAUGAAGCAGAAUUUUUGGGCUGCUUGUAGAUCAACUACAGAAAGUGAAUUUCAAAAGCACUUGGAAGGUUUGAGAUUAUUAAAUCCAAAAGCUGCCCAAUGGAUAUUAGAUAGGGAACCAAGACACUUUUGCAGGGCAUAUUUUUCUGAUUAUCUAAAGUCUGACAUGCUGCUGAAUAAUUUGUGUGAGUCAUUUAACAGCUCCAUUCGUCAUGCAAGGGAUAAGUACAUACUAACAAUGUGUGAGAGCUUGAGAAUUUACCUAAUGUCUAGGAUGCAGAAGAACAGAGACAAAAUGAAGGGAAGUGUAAUGAAAAUAUGCCCUAAAAUCAUAAAAAUUCUUGAACAAAACAAGGCACACACUGGUGAUUUGAUAGCAUACAAAGCAAAUGAUGACAACUACCAAGUUGAAGACAUUUCUGGCUUUUUUAAGACUUACAAGGUAAAUUUGAAUCAAAGAUGUUGCAGUUGUAGGAGGUGGGAUCUUAAUGGAAUCCCUUGUAGUCAUGCCAUUGCAGCAAUUAGAACAAAAGGGGAAGUACCUGAAGAUUAUGUCCAUCAUUGCUAUACUGUGGAAGCAUAUAUGAGGAGUUAUAAACCAGCAAUAAUGCCAAUUCAUCCCUCAGAUUUAUGGACAAAAACUGGCCAAAAACCACCACUACCACCCAAGUAUAAAGUGCAACCAGGCAGACCAAAAAAACUAAGGAAGAGAGAUCCUAUUGAGAAUGAAUCUGUUGUGGGUGAUAAGCUAAUUAGCAAGUUAUCAAGAAAGGGUGAGAAAAAGAAGUGUUCAAUUUGUGGACAAUAUGGCCAUAACAAGCGUAGCUGCAAAAACCAGAGGCAAAAUGAUGUUGAACCCCCUGCCGAAGUUGAAGUUGAACACCCUGUUGCUACUGAAGUUGAAGUUGAACACCUUGUGGCUAAUAUAGCUGCUGAAGUUGAACCACUUGCUGUUGAAGUUGCUAAUGUUUAAGUCCAGCCCCCUGGUGCUGUUGCAUGGUUUACUCCAUCACAGACAGUUGGAAAGUCACCAAGAAAAAGAAAAUUGAGUCAAGGUUGUGCACCAAGAAAGACCAAACAACAUAAAUGAAGAUGAUGCUUUAUAGCAUCAAUUAGUAUGUAGGUUUAGAAGGCUUUUUGAAUGCUGCUUAGAUCUUGAAUUUUUUAUUUUUAUUUUUUGUAAUGCAACCAAUAUUUAAUACAAGCUAAGUAGUUAAUAGGU